UCAACGUACAAUGUCAACGGCUGUGUGGCGCGAUGCUACGUGUUUUGAUCAAAGAAAUAAUUUUUAGUUUAGGAAGAAUUGAUAAUAGAAAUGCAUUUCAAACGUGUUACUCAAGUUCGAAUGAAUUAAUAUUUGUAACGAUACAAGUGUUGUAAAAUUCGAACAGUUGAUAGGAAAUCAUCGUGAAUCCAUUUGUGUGGUUUGGAUACAUGUCAAGAUACAUAUUUCUGAAAAGUUCUACGUCAAUUUAAAGAUGAGUACAUCAUUAUCGUUGCUGGCGAGCCACGAUGAAGUGGUUCGAUGUAUGAAUGUACAUUUGAACGGAGCUUGCGAAGAAGAAUUUUUAAAAUUUGCUAUAAAUCAAGAGGAAAUGAGACAGAAAUGGUUAGCAUCUGUACAAGAGUGUCAACGUCUUCAUUCAGCUUUAGAAAAAGCUCAUCAAGAAGCAGCUGAUUUAGAUAGAAAAUUAAGUCAUGCUAGAAGACUUCUAGAUGAAGAGAAAAGAAGGAGACGUACUGUUGAAGAACAAAGGAAUUCAUUGGAAAGGCAAAUUGCUUUGGCUAGAGAUCUUUUAUUUAAUGAUGGAGGAAGAAAUUUAAAUGAUGAAACUCGUGAAAAAUUGCAAUUUUUAAAUAAUACUACAUUAAAUGGUCGUUAUAGUAAAAUACAUACUAAGGAUAUACAUCAAAAUGACAAAUUGAAUACUAUAGCGGAGCUGGACUCCACUGGUUCCAUUUUAAGUGACUUAAGUUGCUUUUCAAAGUCAGAAGAUGAUUUAGAUGUUAGUGCAAUGACUCAACAACAAAAACAAAAGAAAUGCGAAUGGAAAGAACACAGACCAAGUGGCGAAUAUUCCACAAAGAAGCGACGUAGUACAGUACGAAAAUCUACAGAAUUAAAUUCAUCUGAUAGAAUAGUAGCUACAACUACAGUAAUGAUGCCAAAAGAUGGCAACAUCACUGCAUCUUCUGUAAUUGAAGCUAUACCAGGGGAUGAGAAUAUAGAUCCACAAGGACCUUUACAUAAUUCGCAUAAAAGACGGAAAAGUGGCAAUCGUAGUAAAUCAAAGUUAACUUCUGUUGAUACAAAUGAAAUUCAAAUUGAUACUGCUCCUUCUGCACCAAAAAUUGAAGCUCUUACAUCAGGAUCAGAUUCUGAAGGUGUUUUUAAACCUAGCCCAAACAUAGGUGGAUAUACUUUAAAUACAAAAUCAACUAGAGGACAUAACUUUAUAGCAAAAACUGUAAUUAAACCAGAAGUUUGUACACCAUGUGACAAGAGAAUUCGAUUUGGGAAAGUAGCUUUGAAAUGUAAAGACUGUAGAGCUACAGCUCAUACGGAAUGUAAAGACUUGGUUCCAUUACCAUGUGUACCCACUGGAAAUACGCCUACAUUACGUGGAACAUCAGGGACAAUAGCAGAUUAUACACCCAUGGUUCCACCAAUGGUACCAUCAUUAGUUGUUCAUUGUAUCAAUGAAAUAGAAUUGAGAGGAAUGAGUGAACAAGGAUUGUAUAGAGUAAAUGGUGGUUUAACAGAGGUGAAAUGUUUGAAAGAGAAAUUCCUUAAAGGCAAAGGUGCUCCUAAUCUGUCUGAUGUUGAUAUACCUACCAUAUGUUCUACCCUUAAAGAUUUCCUUAGAUCGUUGCGAGAGCCGUUAAUCACUGUUGGAUUAUGGGCUGACUUCGUUCGCGCAACUAAUAUUACUGAUAAACAAGAUGCAGAUGCUGCUUUAUACCAAGCAAUUUCAGAAUUACCUCAACCUAACAGAGAUACACUUGCCUUUCUAAUCUUGCAUUUACAAAGAGUAUCAAGUAGUCCAGAAUGUAAAAUGCCAAUAAGUAAUUUAGCUAAAGUUUUUGGACCUACUUUAGUGGGCUAUAGUUGCCAGAAACCAUCACCCACUUCUCUUCUUUCUGAGACAAGUAAUCAAGUUGCUAUAGUGGAAAGUUUGUUAAAAAUUCCUUCAGAUUAUUGGGCAAAUUUCGUUAAUCCUGAAAAUCUAAAUAAUAUUGGUAUUCAUAAUCCUGAAAAUCUAAAUAAUAUUGGUAUUCAUAAACCCAGAGAAUUACAACAUACACCAUCUCAAGAAUCUCUACUUAAACGUAGUAUUUCCCGUGGCUUCUUUAAUACUCCACUUACUUCUAGUCGGACAUUUAUGAGAAAAAAUAAGAAAUACUUCGCAUCUCCCUCUAGGGUAGCUUUCUAACAAAGAUAGAAAUGGCGCUACAUUUGAUUCGUCUACAGUAUCGCAGCUAGAUAUAGUCAUUGGAGAUAAUGAUCCUGGCAAAGAAGGUUCGCACCAACCUUUAGGGGUUUUUAUUUCAACUUCUACCC